UUUAAAGUUCUAUAUUUUAAAUGAGAAUCAUAACUAAGACGUUAUUUCCGGUAAAAUACGAAGGAAACAAAUUCAAAUACUUCGAAUUUAUUUAAAAAAUAGGGUAUUAAAUGUUUAGCCGCCAUAUUGGAAACGUUUCUGUAGACGUUUUUUCUGGCCUGUUAGCCUUUUUUUCCGUUUUAGGAAGCGAAAAAAAGGAGAAACCCUAGAAUUGAAACAGGGCCAAGACACCUCAUUUUCUUCUCUUUCUUGAGGCAUGAAAACCGUGAAAAAUGCCUGCUUGUUCUGCUCCAAAUUGCACAAAUAGGCCGGAGAGACCCAAUGGAAAAACAUUUCACCUCUUCCCCAAGGAUGGUUCGCUGAGGCAGCAGUGGGUGAGGGAGGUCAACCGUGAGUAUUGGACACCAUCCAAGAGGUCACUCCUCUGCUCUGACCAUUUUACCGAGUCGUGCUUUGAUAAGACGGGCCAGACCACCAGACUAAAAGACAAUGCUGUGCCGACGCUUUUCGAUAUACCUGCACCCACGAGGAAGAAGGCCAGGCCAAGAGAAGAGCCUCCGGAGAGUGAGACGAUGGUUCCUGCACAGAGGGGUCGGCCGAGGAAAAAACAGAAACAGGAAACCAGCACCAAAUUAAGUCGUGAGGAACUUGAGGCAAAAUUGCAGCUGCUAGAGGAACACAACAAGAAAUUGACAAAGCUGCUUUCACGGAGUCCACGACCCUCAACAGUGACUGAGACUAAGAAGACGGAGAGCAAGAAUAAAAACAUCUUUGUCUUCAGGUAUCCAAGGAGGCAGAUCUUGUUGAAAGUGGCAUAUCUUGGGUGGGACUACCAGAGCUGUGCAUCGCAGGAAGAAAUCCAACAAAGUAUUGAAGAUAAAUUACUGCAAGCACUUCUGAAAACAAAUUUAACAGAAUCUAUUAUUAGUUCAAAGUUUGAAAGGUGCAGCAGCAACAGUGAAGGCUUCAGCCCCUUUGACCAAGUAAUCUCUAUCAUAGUCCGAAGUAAUCUUAAGUCUGGCCUGGGAGUCAUUCCUCCAGACAAAAAAGCAGGGUCAGCAGUGGAAGAGAACCCAACAUUGCCUCUGUGUGCAGAAGAGAAUGGCGAGCAGGAGAUUGAUUACACAAGAGUAGUGAAUGAAGCUUUACCCAUGGAGAUUCGGCUGCUGGCUUGGUGUCCAGUUCAGGCUGGAUAUUCGCCCAAAUCUAAGAGCCCCAUAAAAACCUUCAAGUAUUUUUUUCCAAGAGGAAGCUUGAAUAUUGAGCUCAUGAAUGAAGCCGCUCAACACCUCAUCGGGCGAAACGACUUUAGAAAUUUUUACAGCAAGGAGACAGUCAAAGAUCUUGGUAGUGUCAGCAGGAACAUAAUCUCGUCCACUGUAUUGCCAACUUGCUGUGACCUCAAGGCUCUCUACAGUGAAUCCUGCCAAUGUGCCAGCAACCCUAAGGAAAAGGAUAGUGAGCCCAAGGAGAACGUUGUACAUAGGCCAGCCCGAGGAGAUCAAAGGAGAGGGAAGCGUCUUGAAAACGCUCCUGAAGUGACACUCAGGAGAGCAGAUGAUAAGGAUGUAGGGGGUCAGAGUAAUAGAGAGGAAGGAUACGACAUGUGUGUGGCAACCCUCAAAGGAGAGGACUUUCUGUGCGAGGAAGUGAGGAAGAUCAUGGCACUGCUCUUCAGCGUGGGAGUGGGGAAGGCAGAGCCGGAUUCUGUUGUGGCAAUGUUGGAUGCUAGCAAACAGCCAAGAAAGAAACAGCACUUGAUUACAAGUGAAGUACCACUGGUCCUCUUCAAAGCAGUUUAUGAAGAAGAGGGCUGGCACUGGGAUAGCAAAGCUCUGCGGCAGGUGAUUUCACAACUUCAGGCUUUCUGGAUGCAGCAGGCUGUUCGAGCCAGUGCUAUGAGACACAUCCUUAAGGACUUGGAGAACCAGUACUCCAUCAUCUCCAGAAAAGACCUAAUUGAUCCUCUACCUCAGGAUCAGUGUGAAAAUUUAGUCGGCAAAGACUCCUCCUCAGUGUUUCAGAUUGUUGCCAAAACCACUCAGAAUGAUCAUGAAUACUCCACAUCCAAGCCCAGUGCAGCUGGGAAUGACAACAAAAAUCAAGACGAGGCAGACUUCAACCACACUGCCACCCUUCUGUUGAUCGAAUUCAUCCGCCAGAGAUUCCAGAGGUUUCUCCUGAUACACUCCCGUGCUGUGGUGUACAGGGAGGUGCAGGAGGAACUGUGUUUCAGGGGCUUUUCCUUUACCAUUGAGAAGAUCAGGAGGAAGUGGAAUAACCUGAUCACUACAUACCGGAGAAUAAAGGAGAAGAACAGCGAAGAUCCGAAAGUCAAAAUAAUGUGGGAUUACUUCCAGCUACUGGAUGAUCUUUUAGGAACAACAGUUCUCACUGUGCCACCAGAAUGUGAAGUUCAAAGUGGUAAUAGCAGUGGCAGUAAAGGUCCUGUGGCACCCCAGUCUACCCUCCAAACUGAGGAAGUGCCUCUGACAAAACCAGCCUCCCCAGCAAAGGCAUCAGCCCCUUCAAAACUUGCUUCAACACCCACUAAAGCCCAUUCUCCAGAGAAGAUGGAGGCACCGAAAAAUUCCCAGGUCUUCCGUCCAAAUGUCCCUAUCAAGUCUGAAGAAAGAGCCGAACCACCAGUUAUCCACAUAGUGCAGUCUUCAGCAGGUACAACACUCACUGUGCCUCCAAGGUCACCCAGUGCACCCCUGCAUAGUGAAAAGACAGUUGUGCUGCAGACCUCAACACCUAGGGUAGAGAAAGUACAAGUCAAUGGCAAGGCGUCUGACCCAUCAACAGUCUUCCUUGAAUAUCAGAUUGAGCAAGGGGAGCGGCGGCUGGAUGUCAUGGAUGAGUAUUUCGAGUACAUGAAGGAAAGGUUAACAAAGAAAAUGGAGUACAAACGGGAGAAAGCCCUGAGGGACAGCAAGAGUAUCAAAGUGCUUCGGGAAAUUGGAGAUGCUUCUGAAAACCUGAAGAAGGGUUUGCUGGAAGUGAAGGCUCCUGAGGGAAUAAAAGCAACUGGAGAGUGUUAGUGGCUGUGUGAGAAAUGUGAUAAUUUUAUCUGUUAAUGUUGUUCAGUGUUGUUUUCCAGUGAAAUGUAUGUUUAUAGAUAUUUAAAUUUCUAGAGUGGAUUUUUCUUAUUGAUAGUCAUCAUUUAGUUUGGAAAAUGAGAUUUGUAGUUUUUGAAGCUGAAAAAAUCUAGAAUCACAAAUUAAUUGCGUAGAUGAUUAUUACAUAGAGCAAAUCUUUAUAAGAAAGACUGUUGAUCAGACCACUGUGGUGCCUUCUAAAGUCUCUGACAAACUUUGUUUUUAUUUAAUUUUCUCGUCUCCCUUUUUCAGUUAGUGCAGUUCUCAUGAAACCUAGUCAGCUUAUAAAUAAACAGUCUGGUAAAUUUCAGUUUAAGAAUUAUUCCUUAUUCAUAUUCCUUUAUAGAUCUGUUCCUGAUGCUAUAGUGUAUACAUGAGUAAAAUCAAUAAUAGUUUCAGUUGUAAUAUCAGAUAGUUAUAUCUAAAAUAGUUGUUAAUCUUUAAGUUUAUUUGUUUCAGUAGUAUAAGAAUAUUUUUUCAACUAAAUUGAUAAGUUAAGAUAAAUGUAAUUCUGAUACACUCUUGUUCAAUCAGAAAGCAAUGCUUCUGAAUAAAUUUAUUGGAAUUUCACAUUUUUCUCAUGAACUUUAAUGUCCUUAUGAAUUUGGUAUCCUCUUUCAUAUCAUCAGAAAUCAAGUCAGGAAAAAAUAUUUAAUAUGCAAAUCAUGGAAACAUGUGAAAAAUAACAUGCAAAUAGAAAAAACAAAAUCUGGAUCAACUAUCAAUACAUAACUAGACACUAACACAGACACCAUUCCUAAUUUAGCAGUCACCCAAUUUCGAGUUUACUGCUGAACUCGUUACAUAAAUACUGACUUCUUAAGUGUAUAUACAAAAAGAUUGCAUGAGAGAACGUGGUUACAAAUUGUAAGGAAAGUAAAAAUACACUUGAGCUUAAAAAUCACAUUCUGCAUAACAGAUAGGCAAUCAUCUAUAGGAUGUUUUCUCUAAACAAACACAGUUUAUGAUUUUUACUGUUUAUACGUUAUCAAAAACAUUAUUGACUAUGAAACCCUCAAAUGACAAAUGUAAGUUUUACACACUCGACAUUUUGUCAUAUUUUCUUCCAUACACGCACAAGAAGAAUGUUGGCUACUUUUCGAGGUGGUCGUUAGUGUCCAUAUAAAAAAUAUAUGAUGAAGCUAUGUCUUCAGGGAUUAUUGUGAACAAAGGUUCAACAGAGUGCUGGAUAUUCCUUUCCUUAGUCUAGAAAUACGUGGCUAUAGAAAAAUAUAAACAGAACGGUUGAUGGCGGGAAGGUUACGAAAGGGGAAGCUAGUGUAGAAAGGGUGGGAACCUCUGCAAUAGAUCACAAAACAAUUAGGCAACAAAGAGUAUUUUCACACAAAAAAUGUUUUCAGUACG